UUUUGGAAGUGUUUCAAAUACCUCAUACAUUGUGUUUAUAGAGAAGAUUUUCCAAACUUUUUUAUUCCACAGAACAACAUGUUCAUGAAAAAAAUUGUUGAUGAUGCUCGUAUAUGUCUUCUAAAACAGCUUUAUCGGUAUUACAGAAUGGGCGUGUCAUGUUUACUGCUGAGUCCGACACUCAGAUCAAUCCUAGAACCAGCUCUCAGUAGCCCGUCUUUAGAAAUAUCUGCUGCUGAGGGAGAUUUUAUGAGUGUUGUAGAUUUAGAUAUCUGUGGAAUGACUGAAAUAUUUAAAUUAUCUUUUUCUCCUAAAGACACAUGGGAGUUUUAUCUUUAUCUAAAAUCAAUUAACACACUAUCUCGGUUAUUACUCUCACCAUACCAGUUGUUAACAUUACAGUACUGUACUGCUGAGACUCUUGUUCAUUUAGCCUUCACAAUGGCAAAUAACACUUUAUGUUGCACGCAUAAAAAUAAAAAUAUCCCCUAUAUUGAAGAAUUAUAUUUAGAACAAAAUGUGAGUCAGCAUAAUGGAGACACGCUCCUAAGUGUAUCACCAUUUGUUAUAGUAGAAAUGUUGUCGGUGUUAUCUCACUAUAGACUAAGUAAUAGAUCUCGGUGUUUAAAGUCACUGACAGACCUACAAACCCUGCUGCUCUAUGAUGAUGGGAUAUAUGUGCCUUUAGAACUCAGAGACCUAUCCUGGCAGAUACUAGGAAUCUGUCAGCAUGUUGUGGGAGACUUACACGGGGCUUUACAUUCAUAUGAAGAGUCGCUUAGACAGCAACCGUAUAACAGAAUAAAAGAAGCCACACAAAUUAGAAUAGAAUGCGUAAAACAACAAUUACAAGAAAAUAUUGAGAAAGUGGGACUGGAUUUGAUUAAAACCUGUGAAGCCAUCAUCCAACACCACAAACCAGACCCAAUCUGGAACCCCCAGGCCAAGAGAAAGAGAGGACAUCCAACAGACUAUUGUGAAGUUUUAUGUGUUAAUUGA